CAACAAUCACGAAUAUAAAGUGCAUUCACCUGUGUUGAAUGAUUCACACACACAUACAUGACUUAUGUAAACCAUAUAGAAGAUGGCUCCGUUCUUGAUUCAAAUGUGCUUUAAACAACGUUAUGUUUCAAAAUUUAUAAGUGAAAUUGUCAGAAAAGAUCACAAUGGAGCCCAAAAUUAUUUAUUUAAUUCAAAAGUAUGUAUUGAAUGUCAUUGCUAUCACACAACGCCAGUUUAUUUAAAAAGGAGAAAAACGAAAGAAGAAAAAAAAUUAUUAGCUACUACGGUCAUUCAGAAACCAAAGGCUAAAUCAACAAUGCCUCUUAUUAAAGUAUGGCCAAAUAUGACAGUGAACGAAUUAGCACAAGCUGCUUCGAGAUCUGUAAGCGAUGUAUUACAAGUUAUUGAAUAUUCAGGUGUACGUGGGUUUAAGCAAAAUAGUGUGAUUUAUGAUGGUAAUCUUCUGUACGCUGCUGUAAAAAAACUUGGAUUAAAAUACGUUAUAGUACCUAGGCCUGAUCAAGUUGAAAAAGAUGAAUAUGAAGAUGUUGAUGUUAUUAAACGUCCACCUCCAGAUCCAUCAGUCUUAAUUAAAAGACAUCCAGUUGUUACCGUGAUGGGCCAUGUAGAUCAUGGAAAAACAACUCUUUUGGAUUCUUUGAGACACACAUCAGUAGCAGCUAAAGAAUUCGGAGGAAUAACUCAACAUAUAGGAGCAUUCAACGUCAAUUUGGACACUGGCGAAAGAAUAACUUUUCUUGAUACUCCGGGACAUGCUGCAUUUCGUGCAAUGCGUGAAAGAGGUGCGAAUGUUACAGAUAUUGUCAUUUUAGUCGUAGCAGCUGAUGAUGGAGUUAUGGAGCAAACAAUUCAAAGCAUAAAAAUGGCAAAAGAAGCAAAAGUUCCAAUUGUCGUGGCCAUAAAUAAAAUUGAUAAACCAGGUGCUGAUAUUGAAAGAACUCAAAAAAUGUUAGCUGUACAAGGGAUCCUUGUAGAAGCUUUUGGAGGUGAUGUACCUAGUGUAAAUAUUUCUGCAUUGAAAGGAACUAAUUUAAGAGAACUAGUAGAGACUGUUGCUGUAUUAGCUGAGGUGAUGGAAUUGAAAGGAGAUCCUAAUGGUAUGGUUGAAGGAGUAAUUUUAGAAGUGAGUACAGAUAUUAGUCGCGGAAAACUUGCUACAGCACUUAUUCAACGAGGAACUCUACGAAAAGGGUGCAUUCUCGUUGGUGGAACUGCUUGGGCUAAAGUACGAGGCAUGAUUGAUCAUGCAGGAGCUCCAAUUUCCGAAGGUAAACUUUCUGAAGCAGUACAAAUACUUGGUUGGCGAGAGCUACCGGCAGCUGGAGAUGAAUUUCUAGAAGUUGAGAGUGAAAAAAAAGCUCAUAGUGUUAUAAAGUGUCGACAAGCACAACGAAUGAAAAUGAAAGCUAUUGAAGACUUGCCUGAGAUUGAAAAAAGAAGAAUGGAACAUGAAAAAGUAUAUAAAGAAAAUUUACUUAAAAAACGAGCUUUAGGAAAAUACGUGAAAAUAAUUCAUGGACUACCGCAAAAAGAAAGCUUGCCAGAUGAUGGAAUUCCAAAAGUUAGUAUUAUACUCAAAGCUGAUGUCUUAGGAUCUGUAGAAGCAAUUUUAGAAGCUUUAGAAACGUACGAAGAUGAAAAUCGUUGUCAUCUUGACGUGAUUCAUUAUGGGAUUGGACCAGUAUCUGAAAAUGAUGUAGAAAUGGCUGAAGUAUUUAAUGGAAUGAUUUAUACAUUUAAUAUAAAUACACCCAAAAAUAUGCAGGAUCUUGCUGAGAAAUCGAAAGUUCCUAUUCAUUCCCACAACGUGAUUUAUAAAUUUAUAGAUGACUUAAAAGAAGAAAUUCGUAAAAAGCUGCCGCCAACAAUAGUUGAAGAUAAAUUAGGUGAAGCGAACGUUUUACAAUAUUUUCAAAUAACUGAAAAAAAGAAAAAAGUAUCAGUAGCUGGAUGUCGUUGUACUGAAGGAGUCUUGAAAAAAGAUGCGAAGUACAAAAUUCUUCGAAAUAAUGAAAUUGUUUAUGAAGGAACAUUAACAUCCAUGAAACAUCAUAAGGAUGAAGUCAAUAGCAUUAAAACAGGGUUAGAAUGUGGUUUGCGAUUUCAUGAUCCCAAUGUUGUUGUACAACCAGGUGAUACAAUAAUUUGCUAUACAACUCAUGAAGAACCACCCAGUGUCAAUUGGGAUCUUGGAUUUUAAUAAAUUUGUAAAUAAAUUAAAAGUUUCUAUUUAAUAAUUUUUAGAGAGAAUAUAAAAAAUGAAAUACACUGAAUUUUUAAGUA